AUCACACACACACACAGUCUGGGUGAUGCUGAACUCUGUCCUCUGCCUUGAUUGAACCAACUUCUUGUUGAUCAUCAAGCUGGACAGCACUGUUGUGUGUGUGUUGGUGUGUUUCUGUGAGUGUUUAAACCUCAAAACAGGAAAGAGCACAUUUGUCAUCAAAGCAUUGAGGAACGCUGGUGUCCACAUCUUCACUGAUCAACAUAUAUAAAAGGUACUAUCAUGGUGGAUCUCUUCUGGGAUAAAGUUCUGGUGAAAAACAAUAAGGACCGUGAUGAGCUGGACACAGAGCGUGAGAUCAUCCUGCGCCUGCAGAACCGGAUCCUCAUGCUGUUCUUCGGCUCGGGUGAUUGUGAGAGGUGUCAGGAAUUCGCUCCCAUGCUCAAAGACUUCUUCAAGAAGCUGACAGAUGAGUUCUACGUAGAGCGCUCGGCUCAGCUAGUCCUGCUCUACAUCUCACUCGACACCUCAGAGGAGCAACAGGACAGGUUCCUGAAGGAACUUCCCAAACGCUGCCUCUUCCUGCCCUUUGAGGACCCUUACAAGAAAGACCUGGAGGUGAUGUUCGAGGUGGAGGACGUUCCCACGGUGGUGGUUCUGCGUCCUGACUGCUCGGUUCUCUCUCCCAAUGCCGUGAUGGAGAUCUCCUCUUUGGGAACACACUGCUUCCAGAACUGGCAGGAAGCAGCCGAGCUCAUCGACCGCAACUUCCUGAUGAACGAGGAAUACGACGAGAGCAAGAGACGGAGCUUCACCGACCCCAUCCGCCGCCAGAAAUAUAAAGUGGAGGACAAGAAGAAGAAGAAGAAAAAGGAGCAGGAUGGAGAGGAGGAUGAUGAUGAUGGCGGAGGAGGAGGAGGACCUUGGGGUUAAGCAUGAUGGAAUAAAAAUCGCAGAUUUUCUAUUUUCUCUUAAAAACUUGGGAUUAACAGCCUCAACUUGGACUCAGCUGCUGAUUGGUUGUUGGACAGAGAAGUUUUCGUGCUACAUUAGCAUUAGUGUUCAGAUAUUAAGAGAU